AGAAAUCAUUACAAACACCAACAAGAAGAUAAGAAAAAAAAAAUCCCAUCUUUAAACAAACAAUUAUUUUAUAUCUACACAAUUUCUGUAAUUUCUGGCAAUGGCUUCUCUAUCUUUACUCUCAACCCCUCUAACCCAUCAAACUGUUACAUACACUAGUAGCUGUAAGUAUAAUUUUCCUAGUACAGGAGUUUUUAGGACAAGUACUAGAAAGGGUUUCAAGAGACACACUUCAGUUGUUACAGCCAUGUCUGAUUUGGCACAAAGCACUGUUCUUGUCACUGGUGCUGCUGGUAGAACUGGUCAAAUUGUCUAUAAGAAGCUCAAAGAAAAACCUGACCAGUACAUUGGCAGAGGUUUGGUCAGAACAGAGGAGAGCAAAGAAAAAAUUGGUGGAGCUGAUGAUGUUUUCGUCGGGGAUAUACGGGAUGCUGAUAGCAUUGUCCCUGCAGUUCAAGGUAUUGAUUUCCUUGUAAUUCUUACAAGUGGUGUUCCUAAAAUGAAGCCUGGGUUUGAUCCAAGUAAAGGCGGAAGGCCGGAGUUCUAUUUCGAAGAAGGAGCAUAUCCUGAACAGGUUGAUUGGAUUGGGCAGAAAAAUCAAAUAGAUGCUGCUAUUGCUGCUGGAGUGAAACAAAUUGUGCUUGUUGGAUCAAUGGGAGGAACAGAUCUCAGCAACCCACUGAAUAGCUUAGGGAAUGGAAAUAUAUUGGUGUGGAAGAGAAAAGCCGAACAAUAUUUAGCUGACUCGGGAGUUCCUUACACAAUAAUAAGGGCAGGAGGAUUGCAAGACAAAGAAGGCGGCAUUCGUGAGUUGCUUGUUGGAAAGGAUGAUGAGCUUCUGCAGACAGAUACAAGAACCAUUUCUCGGGCUGAUGUUGCAGAAGUCUGCAUUCAGGCACUGCAGUUUGAAGAGGCUAAAUACAAAGCAUUUGAUCUGGCUUCAAAACCUGAAGGAACUGGAACACCAACUAAAGAUUUCAAAGCUUUAUUUUCCAAUAUUACUACUCGGUUUUGAAGUCUAGACAUAUUUGUUCAUUGUGCAUUCUGUACCUUAAUUCCUUAAACAUGAAGCUCUCACAGGAUUAGUGUUUUUGUAUGAGUUCAUCACGUAAUGCUAUGAAAUUUAUGAAAUGCUAUUUAGAAGAAAACCAAAUUGCAGCUUGUUAA